GGACGACACCGACAACGGGAGGGUACUCAUGCCAGAAGUAUCCGGGAUGGAACUCGCAGAGUUAUCCCGUCAAGUUCGCCUCGUUUGCGAGUCUGCUCUUUCUCAGGCAGACUUACUCGCCUCAGCAGACGAUUUUGUUGAAUCCUCGUUAUUGUCCUCAGACAUCGAAACCAUUUCUUCGCGCUUGGAUCAAGAGCUACAAUCCGUAUAUGUCGAGGUCGUCGACCAUUCUCCUUCACAUGUCCAAUUAUUUCUCGCCUUACUCUUCCACGUCAAGUCACUGUUAAGUCCUUCAUCCAUAAUCUCAUCCUGGUUUGACCUCGUUCUUCGUCCCGCCCUCCGGCUCCCCAAAUUGUCAACACCCGCGGUACAGCAGGCGAGAGAGCUGGUCCUGUUUGCACUCUCCUCCGAUAAAUUAGCGUGUCAAAAGAAAGUCGUUGAGUUCAGGCGGCGUGUCUUGGACCUUUACCUGCUCGAUGCUUUCAAUGAGGUUUCUGACGAGGAUGUGUUGGAAUGGGCUGAGUUGGAUGGUGCUGAGAGGGAGAAGAGAGCAUUUUGGAAGUCCAACCUUGAAGAGAUACUACUGAGAUUGGGUGAAUCUAGGCCCAUUGAGCUUCUCAAUGAAAUCAAUAAUCAUUUCAUCGUUCCAACUUCCCGGCUACAACUAAUGAUCUUCGUGAACAUGUACAUAUCCGCGCCAUCUUUUACGCCUUCUACAGCAGCUAUCCUCGUCGAACACUCCCUUAUGGAGAACCUUAUUCGCUCGCUACUACUAGACAUUUCCACUACCGCCUGCACGAUCGGUCUCAUCGUCCUCACAAAACUGAUUCCUAUCUUCGCGGUCCAUACUUCUUCCAACCUUACAGCAAUGAUCCAUCACUUAUUUGCUGUCCUUGCUCGUAUUUUGUGCUGGCAACCAAGAUCCAUUUCUCCCCUCACACAGCCGGGGCUUUCUUCGACAGACAGCGACAGCUGGGAGGAGGAAUUCAAGGAAAUGGAUACUUCUUCUUUUUGUCCACGACACGAACUCGACUGGCAGCCAUUGGACUUGGCAUUCGAUGGCCCGUCAUCUGUUCCCGAUUGUCGGAGAUACUUUGGUUUCCUUUAUUACCUCUUCCCCUGCAACCUGUUAAAGUUCCUGCGAGACCCAGUGCACUAUUUCGGUGACAGCAAAUUCAAAAGUCCAUAUCAGCUUGAUUGGAGUGGUGUCCUCAAUGAAACGAGAAUUCGGUCCUUAUCGGGGUAUCUCUUUCGGAGACACAUCAUACAUCCAAGGUUGUUAUGGCAUGAUGCUGACGGAGAGCUAACCGGCCGAUGCUUUUGGGCAAAAUACGACGUAGCUCAGAUUGCCACAGAGGCCACAAUGCUUGAUAUUGGAAACACCUCCCUCGCCUUCCGUGAAAGGCUUAGGCAGGACACGCGCAAGACCCCCCUCGAUGAAGUCCCUCAGGACGUCGACCGACGCCACCUGCUGCUACUCCAGAACAUGGUAGAAACGACGGCUCUUCCAAAAUUCAGCCUUGAUAUCGAAACCCUUACUUCGCAUUGGUCCUCCCAACAGCAGAACAUCGAUAUAGAACAUAUGGGUGUUCUAGAACCCUCCAGUAGCGAGAACGGUCCUGUUUUGCCUCAUAUUGGACGACCGGUCUCUGAUCUCCAGCGACAAGUCCUCCUCCUUCGAAACAAGUUAAAUUUUGAGCUUUGGCUGGCACGAGAAAACGUCAAGCACAUUGGCAGAUUGUAUCAAGACCACACCGUUACUCAGAAUGCUGAAGUCGAGCGCCAAGGUUUGUAUAACAAGUUGAGAAACUAUCGUACUCAAGUAGUCCGACUUGAAUCCGAAUUACGCGAAAACAAGGAACAGAUGUCUUCCGCCAAGAGUAAGUAUAUGGACUGGAAUAGCGAGUUACAGAAAAAGCUGCGGGAACUGCGGGAUGAAAAGAAAGCAUGGCUUGCUGAGGCUGCUGAGCUCCGCUCAGAUUCAACUAAAGCGGCAGUAAGUCAGGUUUGACUUGCACAUGCAGUUGUGUGUUGCUGACGAAAAAUUUAAGGACCUCUUUGAGGCUCAAGGCAAACUCCUAUCGGAGGCAAACAGAGACGUUUUUCAGUUGCAAACACAGAAGAAGGAAACACAGCACAAGAUCGACCGACUGCAUGAUUACGAAAAGCGGAUUGAACAACAUCUGAAAAUGCAAUCCUUGUGGUGAGUGGAUGUCGUGAUCAAUUCUGUAGUGACUUUAUCCGUUUUUCAGGAGCGAAGACUUUGACCGAUUCAACGAGCGGAGCAAAGAACUUGAAAUAGUGAAAAGUCAGAAUAAGCAGCUAAAAUUGCGACUACAAAGCCUUGAAGCGACUCACCAAGGAUUGGAACGCGAUAACGAGCAGAUCCAAGCUUUGGAACACCUUUCACCGCCUUCACCGCCAAGGCAGCAUCCAUUUUCCGAGGCACGCAAACGGCAAUAUACUGCUUUUACUGAAGAGUCCUACCUUGCUCUACGUGAACAGAACUCGGAUUUGCGCGAGGAGGUAGAGGAGCUGAGAGCUAUGGUAGAGGUCUUGAGAGGGCAAGUAGAAGGUAGACAAGGGUUAAUAGUGGAACCACGGACAGCUCCUACGAGUCCAUUGUUGUGAUACAUGUAAACUAAACUGCUGUAUACGUGAUAACUGUCUUCUGGCACUUUCUAGCGGGUGCUGUACACGCGAGUCUGUGAGUUGC